CAGCUGUAGGUAUUUUACGGCUUUUUGGUAGAGGAAAUAUUUCGUGCGAAGAAAAGUUUACAUUUUUAAAAAUAAUUUUAUUGUGCGUGCUGCGAUAAGAUUUAAAGUCAAACUGAAUGAGACACCUAAUUAUCAAUUAAAACAAUAUUUAGUGAAUGUCUUGUCGAAGUUACGAUUAUGUUUUGAAUUUAUUAUCAAUAAUUAUUAACAUGUCCUGAGAAAAAUGGUAUAAAUAUUUCUAUGAAGUGAUACGAAAUAAAUAUCUACCAUGGUUUUCGAAUCGAUUGUUGUAGAUGUAUUGAACAGGUUUCUUGGGGAUUACGUCGAAAAUUUAAACAGGAACCAAUUGAAGCUCGGGAUUUGGGGCGGUGAUGUUGUACUAGAAAAUCUAAUACUAAAACAAAAUGCUUUGGAGGAACUUAACAUACCUGUUCAAACUGUUUAUGGCCACUUAGGAAAGCUUGUACUUAAAAUACCAUGGAAAAAUCUAUAUGGUGCAUCAGUGGAAGCUAGUAUAGAAAGAUUAUUUCUUAUUGUGAAUCCCACUGCAGAAGUCAAAUAUGAUCCUGAGAAAGAGGAGAAAAUGGCACUGGCUGCCAAGCAAGCAGAGCUUGCUCGAGUUGAAGAAGCAAAGAAGAAAGAAGCAGAGAAGGAUGAUAAACUGGAUGAGACAUUUGUUGAAAAAUUGGUAACGCAAAUAAUCAAGAACGUGCAACUCAAAAUAAGCGACAUCCACGUCAGAUACGAGGAUAGCAUAACAAACCCUAAAUCGCCUUUCUCGUUUGGUAUAACUCUUCACAAUCUGUCUGUCCAUACAACUGACGAGAAUUGGAAGCAAACUGUCAUACAAGAAGCUGUGACCAAGAUCUUCAAAAUUUUGAGCUUGGAGGGCUUAGCUGUUUAUUGGAACCCUGCUACCGAGCAGUAUUCAAAAAAUGAAGCUGGUCAAAUUCUAAAGAGACUAAAAGGAGAAAUUGCUACAAAAUCCUCAAAACCAUCAUCUUAUCAUUAUGCUUUGGGCCCAAUAAAUGCAACAGCGAAAUUAAAAUUAAAUCCAAAACCGGAAGGUGAUUCGGUAAAGUUUAGCAUACCAAAGGUGAUUCUGAGUCUCCACAUGGAGCAGCUGUUUGUUAGUCUCACAAAAUCUCAAUACCGUGACAUGAUGCUUCUAGCAGAUUCCAUGGACAGAAUGACUAAAGGUGCACCAUACAGAAAAUAUCGUCCUGAUUUAAAAUCAUACAAAGGCCAUUACAAAGCGUGGUGGCAUUUUGCAUUCAAGUGUAUAUUGGAAGAAGAGGUUAAACGAAGGCGCAGGAACUGGGAUUGGAACCACAUGCUGUCACAUAGACAACUUUGUAAAGAUUAUGCGUCAGCUUACCAGUGCCAGCUUAGCAGCAAAGGCAAAGUGUCCACUGAAAACAAAUGUGUCAUAGAAAAUGCAGAGAAAACUUUGGAUUUGUUGAACCUGGUUGUCAUCCGGCAAAGGAUACAAAUGGAGGUGGAGAGGCUAGGUAAACUGGAGGAAGAGGCGAAAAAAUCCCGCGGUUGGUUCAGUGGGUGGUGGUCUGGCAGCUCGGCGAAAGACGACGAACUUACCGAAGGAGUUGCUAUUAUGAAACAGUUCGAGAAAGCGAUGACACAAGACGAAAAGGAGAAACUGUUCCGCGCGAUCGACUACCAAGAGAACACGGCCCCGCUACACUUGCCGACGGAGUAUGUAGCGGUGGAGGGGCACUUCCGUCUGGACAAGCUACAGGUGUCGGUCAACGACCACGUCGAAGUGUUGCGCGCUUGUGUCGAGAACGUGGAGGUUGAUAUGCAACAGCGGCCCAGCGCUAACGCAUUGAGGGUGGAUGUUCAAAUGCGCGCUUUCACAGUAACUGGAAAGUCUCAAGGUGACUUAGAGCCUCAACUCGUGUCGUCAAUAGAAGUGUCCAAGGACAUAAAUCUUUUGAAUGUGCUGUUCGAAACAAAUCCAUUAGAUGGCACAUGUGACCAACGCGUCAAAGUACAAGCGCGCCCGCUACAAAUAAUAUACGACGCGCAAACUGUUAUCGAGAUUGUCAAAGUGUUCAAGCCUCCCUCGGAAUCAUCCGCUUUGACUACUUUGCAAGCCGCUGCAGAGAAUAAACUGUCGGAUUUGAAAGAAAAAUCCGCUUUGGGAAUGCAGUACGCAGUGCAUCACCAUACGUUCAUUGAGCUCGACAUAGACAUUGCUGCUUCGUAUAUAAUUGUCCCGCAAACUGGGGUGUACACGGGGCAGGAAGCGUGCGCGGUCGUGAAGCUGGGUGCGAUCAGUGUGAAGUCAGCGCCGCGGGCAGCGCCUCUCGACGUGCACGCACUGCAUCGCCAGGGGUUGCCAGAGCAGGACAUCCUCACGGAGAUCGCCAAGCACAGCUACGACCGCAUGGCGCUCCGCCUCACCGAAAUGCAGAUUGUUAUCGCUUCACCCAAGGAAGAUUGGCAUUCCGCCAUAGCGUCUAACGUGGCAACACAACUGCAUUUAUUGCAGCCUACGAACUUGGUGAUUCAAAUUCACAAAUGCCUGAUAACUGACGACCCGAGGUUGCCAAAAGUUAAAAUAAUGGGAGAAUUGGAAAAGAUCGCUGUUAGCGUGUCGGAGGAUAGGUUACUUACUUUAUGUGAGAUAUUAGUUAGCAUGCCUCUACCACAAUCUGAAGAAGCAACCCAGUUAAAGCCAAGUGAUUCAAAGGCAUCGAGCCUUUCCCUGUUGAAAUAUCUGGACCCGGCGGAGAAGCAAAAGAGAGACACCGCAAGAUCUAAACAAAGGAAAGAAAGCGAACAAACGGUGCAAUUAACUGAAGUCGAAGCAUUCUUUAUUAUGAAAGAACUGAUAGUAAGCGUGAACCGCAAAACUUUACAAACCCCGCAGGAGUACGAUAAGUUUUUGGUGUUCUCACUAAACCUGCUAGAAAUAACGGCCACACAGAAAACGUUCACUCUAGAAGCGACCGUUAGACUCGGAUCCGUUCAAAUGCAGCACCACCGAGUGGGCCAGGAGAUGAUCAGUAUGAUAGAGACGCCAGAGCUGACCACAGACGUCAGCGUCGAUAAAUCGGUGACCACGGGGACUGUGGUCAACCAGUAUUUGUUCGCUGUCACAUAUAGCAAUGUCGAUAAAAAAUGUCCAGAGUUUCGAAGUCACUUUGGCUCUGUGGAACAGAUGAUCAAACUCGACUUUACAAGAUUGAAACUUUUGUUGCAUUUGGAAGGAUUAAGGGAAAUUUUAGUCGUAGUUAAUGAGUAUCAGACGAGGCUACAAGCUAUUCAGAGCACAGUUGAUAGAUACGCCAAUGCGGGACCUUUGGAAACUAUUGCGGAAGAUGAAGAGUUCUCCGUUGCCAAAUCCAAAGCAAGUACAGUAAAGCCAUCGAGUCGCAAGCAAGUAGAGAGUAUCCAACUGAAGAUCAUGGCAAAGAUCGGUGCUGUGGAGAUCGAGUUUGCGAACAACAUCAGGCCGUUGUCCAUAGUGAAGCUGCAAGGCGCCACCGCAGGGCUGAUACUGAAGAGUUCCUACACUCAAGUGGACUGUACCGUUGCUUCUAUUAAAGUGGAGGAUUUGAACCCGUUGACGGUUCACAAAGAGAUACUAAAAGUGCUAGGCGGUGACGUCAUUAACGUUCAGAUAGUGAUGUACAAUCUCGACCAGUUCCCCACCGCCAGCGAUGUUAAUAUGUCGAUAGACGCGCAAAUAAACUGUCUUCGCAUUGUGUUCCUCAACUGGUUCGUCUCUUCCAUGCUGGAAUUCUUAAACAAUUUCCAAACCGCUCAAGAGGCUAUUAUCGAAGCUUCGUCGCAAGCGGCGGAUGCGGCCAGAGCGAAUGUGCAGAGCGCGUACCAGACGUCGACCAAGCUAGCUCUGCGCGUACGUCUCGCCGCGCCUAUCAUCAUAGUGCCGGAGAACUCGACCAGCUACAACGCCAUGCUGGUGGACUUAGGCCGAAUGAACCUUAACAACAAGUUCGUCGAUAUACAGGCUGUUGAUGUGGAUAACAAGGUGACAGUAGACGAGCUGACGCUAGACUUGGAAGACAUGAAGGUAUCCUGUGUAACGCUGAAAGAAGACAAUGUCCAGGGCUUGGUGCACGAACGGAAACUGUUGCGUCCAACGAGCUUUAAGCUCUUCGUAAAGCGCAGUCUCUCCCCCUGGUACGAGAGUCUACCCGAUUUGGACAUAUCUGGACGGAUGAAAACUAUUGCUAUUUCAGUUGGGCACAGCGAUUAUAAGAGUAUAAUGAAAAUCCUUAAUGAAAACCUGCAAGAGGGUCAAAAAAAGACUGAAGAAACAAAACCCCAGCCCAGCGUGUCGAAAGCUACCUCAAAGGUCACUGUGAAAAGUCAGACGAGUAGGAUCCAGACCAAAUCGACAGUUGCUAUAGUGACCCCUUCGAAAGAACAAACGAAAAUGCCACGAACUACUAUAAAGUUCUCGUUUACUAUGGACAGUUUUGUCAUAGACCUCAUGAAUGCUGCAACUGACGAUUUAAAUACAACGAAAGACGUGGAUCUAGCCCGAUUCUGUCUAGCACUGUUGUCAGUGAAAGGUCGCAUGUACUCGGAUGAUUCGAUGAACACUUCGGUAUUGCUGGUGGACUGCACUCUCGACGACACCAGGCCUGGCAGGGGCGCUAAAAUCACCAGGUAUUUAGAGAGGAGACGCGAACAACAUGAAGGAAACCGAAGCGAGUCGGAUGACAGGAUCGUCAACAUAAUGGAGACGCACGAGAAAAUACGCAGCAUGAUCGAUAUUACUUACACUAUGAAAAAUGGUGACACUUUUGUUGACAUGAGAAUAUUUAGCUUCAACUUAAUCCUCGCCAUGGAUUUCCUGAACAAGAUUGCUGAGUUUAUGACUACGGGCUUGAGUGACGCACCAACUGUGUCCACAACCAAAGAAGAUAUCAAAGCUGUGAAAUUGUCGGGUGACAAAUCGGGCGACAGCGUAACCAAAAAGAAAGUGUCGGUGGUGUCAGCGCCCGUGGCAGCGGAACAGAAGCUGGCGAUGAUGACGGUCAACAUAAAGAUCGAGCAACCCGACAUCAUCCUGGUCGAGUCGCUGGAGCAGAAGGAAUGCGACGCUCUUGUCCUGAAUAUGGAGAUGCGGCUGAAGCUGCGCAAGACGAGCGAGCGCAUGGUGGCGGACGGCGCGGUGUCGAGCCUGCAGGUGACGGUGCGGCGGCUCGGCGCGCAGGCCGGGGCUGCGCCGCGCUACCUGCUGGCGCCCGCGCACCUGUCGCUGGCGCUGUCGCAGCCGCCCGCGCAGGGCAUGCACCUGGACAUCGCGCUCACCGACAUCAAGAUCACUGUGUCGCCAGAAACAAUUGCACUAUUGAACCGUGUGCUGGCGACUGUAACGAGCCGCGAGGAGGACUCCGUAGAGCAAGAGAACAAAACUAUAUUCUACAACAAACUGUGGGACAUAACGCCAUUCAAACCCACCUCGUACUGGUUUUUAAAGACAGAGGAAGCUGAAGAAGCUAUCGAUUUAGAAGAAGCAACAAGUCCAGAAGUCGUAACCCCGCCAGUGGGAGAGAUAUGUCUCAUGUCAAGUCCGUCUAUUGUCUUGGCUCUAGAAAUGGAGAUCGGAAAUGAAACAAUACCAGUACUCGUUAUGCAAGCUUCCUUGACAGGACAAGCUAAAGAUUGGAGUUCUGAUUUCUACAUGGAAUCCACGUGGGCAAUGCAAGUAUCGUACUACAACAUAGGUCGCGCCAUGUGGGAACCUCUGAUAGAGCCUGUGGAGAUACUGAAGGACUCCCAGUAUAAACAUGUACCGUGGGAGCUUAGGAUGGAGGUGGUAAUGCGUCCACAAGAGAACGCCCCAUCUAUCGACACAUCGGACGACGCGGCCAACAUACAAGCCGUGGCCCAGCGGCAAGCCAACAAGACCAUCACAGUCUCUAGCAGCGAACCGUUGGAGAUCACUAUCACUAGAAGCGGGAUGGAGGUCCUAACUCAGUUGGGAAAUUCUUUCGCAGCUGCGGCUGCUGCCGCGACGGGAGACAAUGAGACGUCAGUCGUAUCGAAAGUUAAAGUCGACGAAAGCAAACCUGACAAGAAAUAUCUGGGCGCUCCGUACGUGCUUCACAACUGCACCGGGCUAACUGCUAAACUGUCAUUAGCUAAUAACAGCGAUUUCUCAGUUUUCCUCACCGGCAAAGUCGACUCUGAUUUCAGAGAAGUGGUAUUAGAACCUAGUGCUUCGGUUCCUCUGCAAUUGAAACAUGGCGGACUCAAUGUCAUGAAGUUGAAUGAACCUCCACCGCCUCUAAAACUGAACGUUAAGAUAAUGGAAAUGGACGAAGAGAUCCAGAUACCCGUGGAGCGCGCGGACAAGCGCUACUUCCAGAUAGGGCGCCGUCUCACGAGCGACCAGCGCUCCAAGAACGUCUCGCAUGCGGCCGCUGUCGAGCCGCGUGGACUUAUAUCCGACGUGGUCAUGCACGAUGCGGCCCUGCACAUUUACCUGCGGAGUAUUGUUCAGGUGACGAACACGCUGUCGGUAGCGGUGUCUGUGUACUACAUGACGCUGAGCGGUAACGAAGUGCGCUUGCUGGGCGAGGCGGCGCCCGGCGACACGCUGCGCCUGCCGCUGCAGGCAGUGCACACUCCCACUGCGGAGAUAUUCUUCUCUGUCGAAGGUUUCACAGUGUCUGUGUCUCCAUUUGUAUGGCGUGAACUACAACAGGAAGUGAAACUGUCGAAGUUGUUGCAGUGCGAUUCCAAAGACAAAAACAGUGGAGAAAAGUUCUAUCUGAGGGCGGUAGGAACUAUGGAGCAAGUGUUCUUCGAGCACUCGAACCGGCACACGUUCGCUUCGUCGUGCUACGAAGUGGUGCUGCGGCCGGCCGUCAAGCUGCAGAACUGCCUGCCCGUGCCCGUCGUCGUGUCGCAGUUGGGCCUGCGCCGCACGCAGACCUUCGAGCCCGGCGAGAUGUUCCAUCUGUCGCAUCUCGCGCCCAACAGGGCCUCCAUAGUCAUUAUGAUUCAGAACUACCUGGACAAAUGCUGGGUAUGCACUAAGAACCUGCCAGAUGAGCUCGAAGAGUUGUCGGUGUGGUCGUUCGAGUCGCACGACAGUCCCUCAGUGAUGACGCUAGAACUGGGCAUGCAUAGCGCCGAUAUAGAGGGGACGCAGCUUUUGUCCCUGUACUGUCCAUUCUGGAUGCUAAACAAGACCGGUUUUACGCUCUGCUACAGGAUAAAACAUUCUCGUUGCAGUAAAUUUAUUACACGCCAUACAUCGUGUUUGCCGAAUGUGGAUGAAACAGGCAACGUUAUCUUCCAUCCAAAAGACUACAAAGAGCCGAUACUGUUCUCGUUCCGUGCGAAGAAUUUCUUCGGCAAAAAGAAGGCUGCAAUCAGAGUAGAGUUCGGAGAAUGGUCGGAUAAGUUCUCCCUGGAUGUACCCGGCAGUUCUGGAGUGGUCACGUGCCGGAAUGAAGGCAGAACUUAUCAGGUGGCUGUGACAAAUCAAUUGACAUUCAACAGUUUGACGAAGAUGGUUAUAUUUACUCCGUUUUUCCUCAUCAUCAACGAAUGCCCGUUUCCGUUUCAAUACCAAGAACUUCACAGAUCUGGAGAUCCGUGGCAAAAGGUCGAGGAAAAUUCCAGCGCGCCUCUGUGGCCUAUUGUUGAGAAGGAGGACAAGUUAUUGUUGUUACGAGUGUACGGAACCUCGAAAGCCGCUGCGCCAUUCCUCUACACAGAGCAACACAGUGUUUGUCUGAAGCUUGACAAUGAAUUCGGCGGCUUGCACGUCGAGGUGCAGCUGAGCGAAGGCGGCACGUACGUGACGGUGCGCCAGUACAGGGACGGACACGCGCCCGCACUGCUCGUGAACUACACGCCGCACAGCGUCAACGUUUACGAGAAGGAAAACGUUAAUGUUCGAAAACUACCGUCAAUGAAUCAAAUGCUGUACACUUGGGACAAUCCUGCCGGCCCACGGAUACUUUUGUUUGAGGGACACAAACGGAAGGAAAUCGAAAAUGAUUUGCGAAAAGAUGGCAUCGGAGAUUUUAUGAUUAACGAAACCCAGCGUAUAUGGUGGGUGUCCUUUUUGGAUGGACUACAAAGGGUGAUACUAUUUACGGACGAUCCCAUCUUGGCGAGUGGAGCGCACACUAUCGGCGAGGCGGAACAAGUUCACACUGAAUUUGUCCUAGCCAUGCACGGCCUUGGUCUGUCUCUUGUUAACGAUCCUGAAUUGACGGAGAUUCUCUAUGUCAGCAUAUCCAACUCUGGUAUAAUAUGGGAACAAUGUAAACUCGGUUCUCGUCGGUAUAAAAAAAUCGAAGGCCCAAAAGCAAUACAGAUCGAGGAGGCGUACCAAAAAUACCAAACUGAAAAAAUGGUUCUCGACAGUAAUAAAGAGACUGAGGUGUCGUCACGUGUGAAAAUCGACGAAAAAACAGAGAUAGACUUCGCCACGAUGAGCCUGCUGCGGCCGCACGAGCGGCUGGUGCGGCGCACGCACUCGCCGGGCGUGUGGGCGGCGCUGGGGCUGACGGCGCACUCGCGGCGCCUGCACGCGCGCCUGCACCGCCUGCAGGUCGACCAGCAACUGCCGCUGCCCACCUUCCCCGUCGUGCUGGCGCCCGUGCCGCCGCCCAAGUCCGUCGCCAACGACGACCCCGCCGGUACGAAGCCAUUUAUCGAGGUGUCGAUAGUGGAGCGUAUAAUGGAGCACAGCAAAGUGCGGCAGUACAAGUACUACAAGGUGCUGAUCCAGGAGUUCCACGUGAAGGUGGACAUGGGGCUCAUCAACGCUCUCAUGGGCAUGUUCCCGCAGAAGCUGCCCACCGAACAAGAGGCUUUGGAUGCCUUCGAAGUCGAUAUCGAAAAAGCAAGACAACCGUUAGAAGCGUUAGCAGCAAUGGGCGCUGCUUCAGACUUGAAAAACUUCUAUGAUAACUUACAUUUGUCACCACUCAAGGUGCACGUAUCGUUUUCAUUGGGCGGAGCGACACAACUGCCCACCUUCGUAGGCACAGUGCUGCAGAGUAUAGGCGUUACUCUGACAGAUAUGAACGAUGUCGUUUUCAAGCUGUCUUACUACGAAAGGAACUACGAGUUCUUGUCACAGAAGGAGCUGAUCGGUCAAGCGCAAAGUCACUACACCGGCCAGGCACUGAAACAGCUGUACGUGCUGGUGCUCGGACUGGACGUGAUCGGCAACCCGUACGGUUUAGUUAUCGGCUUGAAGAAGGGCGUGGAAGAUCUCUUCUAUGAACCAUUCCAGGGAGCGAUCCAAGGGCCGGGCGAGUUCGCCGAGGGCCUGAUGCUGGGCGUGCGCUCGCUGGUUGGGCACACGGUGGGCGGCGCGGCGGGCGCGGUUUCCAGAAUCACUGGCGCCAUGGGGCACGGACUCGCUGCGCUGUCGCUGGAUAAGGACUACCAGCGACGUCGUAGGGAUAACAUCAACAAACCACCUGCUAAUCUGCAAGAAGGCCUUGCCAGAAGUGGAAAGGGGCUCGUUAUGGGAGUCGUGGAUGGAGUAACGGGUGUAUUCACGAAGCCCAUAGAGGGUGCUCGGGAGCAGGGCGUGGAAGGGUUCUUUAAGGGUCUGGGCGUCGGCGCUGUCGGGCUCGUGGCCCGCCCCACCGCUGGCGUCGUUGAUUUCGCGUCGGGCUCCUUUGACGCUGUCAAAAGGGCGGCUGAUUUGUCCGAAGAGGUGACGAAGCGUAGAGCGGCGCGCUACCUGGCGCCCGACGCCGGCGUGCGCCCGUACUCUCGGCUGCAGGCUGAGGGGUACAAGAUGCUAUCGGAACUCGAAAAGGGUAAAUUCGUAAGUACCGAUACAUACGAAGCCCACGUGUGGGUGAUACCGGCUAAGGAGGUGGUCAUGUGCACGGACAAGAGAUUGCUUUACCUUGAGAAGAAUAAUGUCUUCGGCGGAUGGCAGAUAGUGUGGACGUACUUGUGGUCGGAGAUACCCGAAGUGCCGACAGCGGUCGCGAAAGGUGUUUACAUACCGACGGCUAAAAAGAAGCUUCUGGGAAUGUUCCCGAGUUCGGGCUCCGGCAAAGUGAUAUUCCUGUACGACGAACAACAGAAGAAGUUUCUACUGGCGCAGUGCGAGCGGCUCAUGCGGCCGCGUUGACAUGAGUCCGUAGAAAGGAUGACCCCAACAGAGUGGCUGGGUGAAUUCUUUCUACUUGUAUUCGAUUAUCGCACCGCGUUUCUCACUUUCGCCUAUCACCUUAACAUGCAUCAUUUUAACCCCAAGGGAUUUCGCUGAACAACUUUGUUUGCAGUAACAGUCGUUUAACAAUCGACCGGGCUUAUUUUGGCUGAAUAACUUUGUUUGCAGAUUCAGUUAUUGAACAAUAAAUUUAUUAUCUAGCAAAGUUUGGCUGAAUAAUUUUGCUUGCAGAAUCAGUAAUUGAACAAUAGGCUGAAGCAAAUUAUGGCUGAAUAACUGUUUGCAGAUUCAGUUAUUUAAUAAUAAUCGAUCGGACAAAUUAAUACAAACUUUUCUUGAAUAUUCAGCUAUCUAAUAAUCGACUGGGAAAAUAUUUUAUUACCAAAAGACGCCCGGGAAUUCAUCUGAGUGGAAUUCAUUUUUUCUUUUUAUUAUUUUACUAUCUGUAUCUGAUCUUAAUUGUACAAAUAGGUUUAUUUUACGUGCCUAAUAUUUAUUGUAUUUAUUUUAUUAAUAAUAAACUUAUAUUAUUGCCUGGUCGAAUUGUUUGUAUAGCGCAUAAACGUUAAUAAUCUCGCUACAACAGCGAAUAUUGGUAGUAAUUAUGCAUUAUGUAGUUUUUUUUUACAAAAUGGCUGUUUGUAUGAGUUAUUAUGUAAAACUUUUUAUUAUAUUUUUUUACUAUACAAAUAUUUAGUAAGGUUGCUACACGAUUAGAAGGCUGUUCUGACAGGGAUAUAAUAUUUUCACUGUAUUUUUGCCAUAUGGAGACAAACAAAAAUUAUUUAAUUUAUUAAAUCCAUGUUAUUUAUUUUUUAACGUAUGACGUAUACGUUUAAUGGCAUUAUUUCUUUUAAGGUUGAAUAAUUUUUUUUUUAAUUAAAUAUACGUGAUUUAAGUCAGAACAGUCUUGUUAUGUUUGUUUAUUAGUAUGAAGGCGGUUAUAUACCUUUUCUUAAUCUUUUUUAUAAAUUAUAUGAGUAUGAACCUAGAAUACUUAGGAUUAUAACUCGAAUUACCUCACUCAAUGGAAUAUUAUUACGAAUAUUAUGAUAUAUGUAUAAAUUUUUGUUUUACAUUGUCAAGUCGUUUCUUACAAAGCCAUAUUGUAUUUAAGUGUAAAUGGUUAAAUGUGAAAAAACACCAACUAGCAGUUUAGUAUUAAAUAAACAAAUCCAGAGGAUCUUAAAUCGACACUAGUAUAUUAGUACAACUUAAAAUAAAUUGCUAAGUUGUCGUAUAAAAAUUACUCGAAUAAAAUAUUACCUCCUUAAAUUUAUUUCAUAUGUAAAAUAGUCCACCAAUUUUCAUUGUUAAUAGGUUAUUUGUGAAUAAUUUGUUUUCACAUUAUACCAGUGCCUUAGACCAGUGCGUAUAUAAGAUAUUGUUCAUUUAUAUAAGAUGUUUAGGUUUACGGAUGAGUGUUAACAUUGUAUUUUGUGAAUUGUUAUUUUUGUUUGCAAAUUUUAAUAUGGUGUUACAUUUUAAAAAAAUACUUCAGUUAUAGUUGUCAAUUAGAGUCGGUUCCCAUUUUUUGGCUAGCGGGCUGGAAUUAUGUUCUAGUGAUGGAACCUGGCAAAAAAGAGUAGAAAUUAAUAGGGGUGACACUAUCGACAAUAUGGCAACACCAACACGAGAAACGUAAACGUAAUCAUAACAACAUAACCUUCAAAGUCGACAGAAUAAUUACGAAAACACUUAUUAAAAACUUUAAAAACAUGUAAAUUUUGUAAAUUACUUCAGAGCUCAACAUUUAUAGUACUCUAAAAUAAUAACAAACCAGUCAUCUCAGCCGUUCUUCGGUAAACAUUGUCCAGAUCCGACAACAACGUUUUGGCUUCGAAUUCUGCUAGACAUCUCUUACAAAGGUGAUAUAUAAUUUGGCGGGUGCCACUACGGAUUGUUAUAUUCAUCUUGUGCCACAAUAAUAUUAGUUCACUGCUGAUUUCCCACAAUCUAUUAAUUUCGUAAAUAAUCCCGAGACUUUUGACAUCAUAGACACAACUGACAAGUUGAACAGUGUUGUAAGAGGAAAAUAGUUCCGUUUCUAAUUUUUUUUGCCAAGCUGUACUAUAUUUUGUGUCGGACUGGUGUACAAAUGGUGAAUAGUUUGUCAUUGUCAUUGGAACAUCAGAUUAUAAUCCGGACUCGACAGCAGACAAAUGGAAACCCGUGGUAAAAGCUUAUAAUGUUAGAUUAUUUAUAAUCUUAUAUAUGUGUUUGAAUACCACUAGUAUAACAAAGAAUCUGUUAAGUUUAUUUUUAAUAAUAAAUAUACCUUUUGGGACAUGAUACUCUUAAUUACUGGGGACGCUUAUGACGAUAUAAUAAUUACGGUCUGUCUAAUAGGCUAGUUGACGCUUUUUUACAUGGUCUUAAUUUGUUCAUUAUCGUUCUACGAGAUUGAAAAAAGUUUUAAAUAUUUUCUUUUGACAAUACAUAAACGCCUGUCAGCCACGAUGGUCUGUAUUUCAAUUGUUUCAUGAGUUGUCACAUUAACAAAUUCUUUUACAAACAGCGUUCGACAAAAGUUUGAAGUUUAGUACCUCACGUAACAUUGUGACGUCACAAAAUGGACGACAGCGUUUUUAACGUUUGGAAAAUUUGAAAAAAUAUAAUAUUUCGGACUCGUAUUCCAUGAAAUGAAUAUUGUUUUUUUUUAAUACGAGUCAACUACCCUAUUUUGGGUUAAAGUCGUACCUGGUACGCGAGUAUCAUUUUCUUAAUAUGGCUGAUAUUAUAUAUUUAAUUGUAUGUAAUAACAAUAUUUAAAUUACACCAAGUGAGAUUUCUUCCGGUUUUGUAAAACUUAUAUUUUUGAUAUGUUUUUGUGCCUACAAUGAAGGGCAUACUUGGGGUGCUUUUUUUAAAUGGAUUAUAGUGUUGUUGUUUGUUAACUUUUGCGUGCUUUGACGUAAAUGAAGGAAACAGCUAUUUGCGUGUGACCCUGAGUAUGUCUCAUCGUGAAUGUUUAUUAGAUUUAUAAACAAUUUUUUAUAUCUACUAACUAUUGCUUAGUGCACUUUACUUGUUUUUAUUGUAUUUUUUUGUCUUGUCAAAAGCUUAUGUAUAGCCCCUUUUUGAUUGAUAUUAUAUGAUUACAAGUAAA